CACCACCAGCAGCCCACAAGGCCAGCACUGUCAUAGCGAGCUGUCAUCCCUGGAGUGAGAUGUUCGCCCCGUCUCUGGCACCCAGGGCAGGCUGGGGUUUCGCUUGUCUCUGGCACCUAGCCAUCUAUACCGGCUGUGGCGCAUUUCGUUCUUCGGGAGUCUGGUGAAUGCCGCCCUCGCUCCCCUCCCAAUCCCCAUACCAUGUGUGUUUGCUACACUUUGGAUAUCACGAUGUGGGCUGUCCUCCUGAUACAUAUCUUUAAGAACGCUUCAAAAGUGUAGUUCAUAUUUCUGAUUCUAGUCCGUCAAGUUGCAUUUUAAAAAUAUGCUUGUUGCUUUAAGGGUGAUCUGAUCAAACAUUUUUAUAGGUGCAUAUAUUCGCUACAUUUUCCAUCGAUUCUUGCGUGAAUAAUUGUUUGGGGUGUAAGAAUUAUUUCUCGGUUAAAACUCCAUACAAGAUAUGUAGUUAACAUGGGCGACGUUUACCUGAAAAACAGGCCUAAUAUUCACAGCACCGUUUAGACUUUCUAGAAGACGUUUGAAGGAGGAGGAAAAAGCCUUGGGGGCGCACUUCAACUCUUGCUUUCACUCCGAGCCAGGUACUGCGCGCCACUGGCUCUUUGUCCAGACUGCCACUGCGGGAGCGCGCAGCCGUGGCCGCCAGCCAGGGAUCGUGGAGCGCGCACAACCUCUGGAGUCCGACUGCGGUUACGGUGCCAGCUACUCUUCUGAGCCACAGCAGGAGACACCGAGAAAAACUUUUUCGCCAACUUCGUAAUUCCCGAUUUAAGGUGUUUUUUUUUAAUGGUCAGAGGCACGCCUGCGCUCGAUACGGAUGUAACUUUACUUAAGAAACUUAACCGAAAUAACUGCUGUGUGUACAACCGAAGUUUAGUUUCAACAUUUUCUCCUUUUAACUGUAGUAGUACAGCGAAAAGUGCAUAUAAAAGUAACAAAGAGGCGCUGCGCGGAGACAUAGAAACGGGAAGCGGUGUAUACUACAGAUGGUUUUCGCGUCUGAUUUUUGACUCCUGCUGUUAUUAGUAACUUAACACUCAACAACCAAGUUUCGAAGACAGUGGGGGACUGUGCACCAAACAAUCCACUUAACCAACGAGUCAGUAUAGUGAGGAAGCGCAUGGGGAGAUCGGCGGACAAGAGCUAAGCAGCAGCGCGACUCCAUGAGGAUCAACAACUUGGGGGCUGAAACUCCGCAUUAGUAACAUUUUUUAAAUCUAAACGUGUAUUUUUUUUAUCGUCCACGUUUUUUCCCCUCCACGUAAGCUGAAACUCCACCAUGAAGGCGACGCUUGUUCUGUCCGCAAUUUGCACUUUGACUGCGAUCUUAGUGUCGGUGGAAGCCGAGCCGAAAUCCAAAAGCUGCAACGAGGUGAAGACUGCGUACGGCUCCAAAGGCUUCAAUCUGAACGAUGUUCCCAACCAGGGGGUCAACGGCGCCCACCUGAAGGUGUGUCCUCAGGGAUUUACCUGCUGCACGGCUCAGAUGGAGGAAAAGCUGAGCCAGCAGAGCCGCUCCGACCUAAAGGCCCCAGUCAGCCAGCUGAGCUCCACCCUGCAGAGCACCUUCACCCAGAGGAACCGCCACUUUGACCAGUUCUUCCGCGAGCUGCUGGACAACGCCGAGCGCUCCCUGCACGACAUGUUCGUCCGCACCUACGGCCAGAUGUACGUGAAGAACGCCGAGCUCUUCAAGCGCUUCUUCCGCGAGCUGCGGCGCUACUACGCGGCCGGCGCCGGCGCCGUCGAUCUCGACGGCAUGCUGGCCGACUUCUGGGCGGAGCUCCUGGAGCGCAUGUUCCGGCUGGUCAACGUGCAGUACGAGUUCAGCGACGCCUACAUGGAGUGCGUGAGCCGGCACACCGAGCAGCUCCGCCCCUUCGGCGACGUGCCGCGUAAGCUCCGCCUACAGCUGACGCGUGCCUUCGUGGCGGCGCGCACCUUCACCCGCGGCCUGGCUCUGCUGCCCGACGUUGUGGCCAAGGUUUCCACGGUCAGUGCUUCUCCAGGCUGUGCCCGUGCAGCCAUGAAAAUGCUCUACUGCCCUUACUGCUCGGGCCAGGUGGCACUGAAGCCGUGCCAGAGGUACUGCAUCAACGUGCUGCGCGGCUGCCUGGCCAACCAGGCCGACCUGGACUCCGAGUGGAACAACUUCCUGGAUGCCAUGCUGAGCCUGGCAGAGAGACUGGAGGGGCCGUUUAAUUUUGAGUCGGUGAUGGACCCGAUUGACGUGAAGAUCUCCGAUGCCAUCAUGAACAUGCAGGAGAACAGCAUGCAAGUGUCGCAAAAGGUGUUCCAGGGUUGUGGGCAGCCCAAACCAGCCAUGAACUUCCGAUCCCGGCGCGCCGUGAGUGAGGUCGGCUACACUGGCCGCUUCCGGCCGUACAGCCCGGACGCACGGCCCACCACCGCUGCUGGCACCAGUCUGGACAGACUGGUGACAGACGUGAAGAAGAAACUGAAGCAUGCCAAGAAGUUCUGGUCCACGCUGCCGGAGACCGUCUGUGUUGGGGAGAGGGUCGGCCCCAAUGAUGACUGCUGGAACGGUACUGCCAAGAGCAGAUACGAGUCGGACCUCACAGACAGCGGAUUGGCCAAUCAGGUGUCGAACCCUGAUGUGGAAGUGGACAUCACCAAGCCCGAUGCAGUUAUCCGGAGGCAGAUCAUGGUCCUGAGGGAGAUGACCAGCUGGCUGAAGGCCGCCCACAGCGGCAACGACAUCACCACAGACAACGAGGUUGGCAGUGGUGGUGAGGAGAGUGGCAGUGGGUGUGACUCGCCAUCCUGUCAGGACAUUUACUUCUCCACCGCGGCUCCUAUCGUGCCUCGACUGGUCAAGGUUGCACAUAAGGAGCCGAAUAGUGGUGCCGCCCUGUUGGCCAUACAUGGUACUACCUUGGCCGGGCUUGCCCUGGCUCUGCUCAUUGUGCACGGGAGAUAAAGGCCAAGGAAAGAGGGAAAAGGAGACCCUGAGAAAGGACAAUACAACAGCCCUCUGGUUUUUGGCGUGUCCACCAUGUGGAAGACUCUUGACUUACAGUAAUUUCACAUUUUAAUUUGAUUGGUUUAUGUGAACGGACAUUAAGCAUUCAGCGAAGGGAUUUAACUCUUGGACACUCCGCCUUCAGAUUUUACAUUUAAUCGUCAAUGACUUUUUCUUCAUUUUUUUUUUUUUAAACCCCCAUCAUUCACAUUGUUGGACGCUGUACCUCCAUUUUUUUAAUGACUGUGAUUUAGAGAUUUGCGUGCGUGUGUGUUUGUGCGUGCGUGCGUGUGCGUGCGCACCUGUAUACCUGCCUUUGCCCAAGCAGCACAAUUGCUUAAAAAAGUGUCUUAUGGAAUUUGCCCAUUUUAAAAAUAACAAAUGUUAAGAAUGUUCAAGUGUGUGAUCGUGUGCGUGUGAAUGGAAAAAUUCAGUAGGGGAGGGGCAGCCGGAGAUGUGUUUUGGGGAAAGGGGGAGUAGGUAAGAAUAUGGAUGCCAUAGGUGGCCUUUCCUCAUUUUAAAAUCCAGGCUUUACCGUGAACUGGCUGAGAACAUGAGAAAAAUUAGUAAACGGGGUUGUGUUCAGCAGUUCCUGGUCAGUGAAACAGACCCCUGUUUGAUGCAUCAGAACCACAGCCUGGUUCCAAGUGUGCAGUGGGAACAUAGAGCUGAAGCUGGGAGCAAAUGAAUCCCCAGUUUCUCUUUCAGCUGGGGGGAUGUUGGAAGCCUGAGGUCUGGGGUACGAGGGACAAGUCUGAGGGCACCUCGUCCAAGUCGAGCUGCUUAACUCAAACCCAAAGAGUCUGGGUGUAGCGCCAUCUGCCUGUAGGAGGAGAUCCAACACAUGGCCUGUUUCGGUAUGACAGCACUCUAAAAGAUACUUUUACGGUUAAAAGUUUUCAUUUUCAAUCAUUAAAGUAAGUGCUGGAUGGAGCAAAACGAUGCAGGAGCGUUUGAAGGCGUCUGUUAGCGAUAUGUAAUUUUAAUUGUGGUACCAUGGCAAAGUUAACUCGAUUGCACAGUGCUGGGGAGAGACAGGAAGGCAGCUCCGUCCCUUAGAUGUCGGUUUUGCUGCUUGUAACUAAGCAACGACUUCUCUUCUUACUCAUGCAGUUACAUGCCGACUUUGUCGGUGCUGUGCUUCUCACACCCACACUGUACCAGUUCUCAUUUCUGGUUUUAUUUUUAUUCUGGAUCCCAGGAUAUAAUGCACCAUUCAGUCCCAAUAUCUGUCUCAUAUCCUUUUAUCUCAGUCAAUCAUCCAUGGUCACAGGACAAAGGUUUACCCGACAGUUAUGCUCGUGUUUGCUAAUGUAAUUGUGUGUAUGUGAAAACCAGCGUCCAUGCUGUUCUUAAAAUGCCUGACUGACUUUGGGGAUGUUUUUAAUUAGUCCACUGUACCUGUUAUUUGCAUAAAUCACCUCACAAUACUAUUCCAAAUCUUGUAGCUCUUGUACAGUAAAUUAUUUAAUCGCAUGUUUAUUUUUAAAGGCCAGCAUUUGAAAAUCACUCUUGUAGCUAUCAGAAGUACCCUUUUGAAACCAAAUAUACAUAUUUACAUAGGUGAAAAGUAAUUAAGUUUGUCAAGCUAGUAUUUUAUACGGCCUUCAUAAACCAAUGUUUUGUGUUGAAAAUGAUGACUGUAAUGAGGAAUUUCACUGCCGAAUAUUGGACAGACACUGUGGGCCUCUUGUUAUGGUAACUGUUGAACUCAAAUCCCAGAGGAGUUACGGAGGAAAAAUGCACCAGUAAUUUUAAACCUCACAAUGAUUAGCUUGCGGCUGAAAAACCAUGGAUCUGCUAUAACAGAAAAAAAACCUGUUUAGGAGUAUCACUAGGCAUCAACUGUGUUUAGACAUGACUGGGAGGAUGAACAGUGGCUUGGGAAUGAAAUGGAGAUGCACAGCAUCAUCCUUGAUGAUCAGACGCGAAAAAUAAUUUGCCUUUAAAGACUCCAGAGCUGGGAAAUAUUUGACAGUUUGGAGAUUCAGCCGACUGCCGGUUCCUGUCAUACACAACUUGCCUGCAAGGAGCCAAAGUGUUCAGCAGAUCUGUAGAAGUAGAACAAUAGUCCUUUUAAAUUGACAACCUUGUGGAGAAUGAUCCCAACUGGUUGGCAGCUAACUAGUUCCCAGAUUAAUAAAUAUCUGGUUCACGUUCAAUUUUCGGACCAGAACCUGACAGAGGGUGAGGCAGAGAAAUCUUACACCCAACUGGAGGGAAAUGGUGAACUGACUGAAGGAAAAAUAAUCUUGUAAAUACACAAGCUGGUUUAGAUGUCUCUGAAAGAGGCUGUUAAAGGUUUUAAAAACCCACUUUCACAGAAUAUCUAAUCAUGGAAGGGAUGAAGAAUUAAAAAGAUCAAUUGAACAGCAUUUAUUGCUCUUGUUAAAUUACCAGUCACUGCAUUUUUCACAGUGUAUCUUUCAGUAAACGUUUAUUUCCAGGAAACAAUUGGUGAUUGGGCAAAGUGACACGGGUUUGGGACAGAUGUGGUUUUAUUUUGGUCAAUUUAACCCAGUGUCACGUCAGUCCAGGCCUGUAGCCACAAAUUAAAUUUGUGGGAAGUCUGGCAACCCUACCGCUUUGUGGUCCUCAGUAGAUUUUGCUCUGGUGGUAGUGGGAGGUUAUCCUCAAUUAGAUUUUGGCAACUGGGGGGGGACACUUCCCCUAAGUAGAUUUUGUCAAUGUGGGGGGGCUAAAGCAAAUUUUGGGGGAGGUUCAAACUCUAGUAGCUAUGUGCCUAUGCGUCAGACAGUUGUAUUUUGUGAAAUGAUACAGCUUUGACCAAAAAACAACACACACAGGCCUAUUGGUGAUUAACCUAUAAUGAGAACUUUUAAAUUUGAUAUCUAUUGUUUUCUGUGAAGUGUUUUAUAAUAUUGGUAAUAUUUCAGGAUACUCCACCAAAACAUAUGCAGGUUUUAAACCGAAAACUGGUUUUCAAGGUUAUGUGAAGCAGGAAAGCAUUUUAAAGCAAAAUGUGAAAAAAGCAAAAUAUGUGAUACAUAUGCAUAGAAAUAAAAGAAACGCAAAUUCACUAGGUUGAAAA